GCGAGGGUGAUUUGCAAUUAGCCGCCAUGAUCCGCCAUCGAAAUUUCAAAAUCAGUACGAUCUCAAGUCGGCGCACGGCCGAUCCCGAGCUCCGUCGACUCACUCAGCCUCGGAAACACCGGAAUAGAAGAGGCAUUUGGAUAUCCUAACGGAUUUCUGAAGAAAACGGCGGGAGGAUUCGAGCACGAGCAUGAGGUUGCUCCUCUUCGUCGGGCUCCUGGCGGUGUUCUGCGGCCAUUUCACCACCAGCGACGGCGCAGUUCAGCCCACAAAGGCACCGACUAAGGGUGAUCCUGCGACAGAGUUCGACAAAUUUGUGGCAAAAUACAAUAAAAAAUACCCCGAAGACAGAGAGAAAGCGAAGCGCUUUCAAAUUUUCAAGGAAAAUUUGAAGGAGAUUGAGAGACUGAACAAUCGGCCUCGAAAGGGAACUGUCGUGUAUGGAGUCACGAAAUUUGCCGACUUGACGAGUGACGAGUUUCUGAAGAAACAUGCUACGCACAAUGUGGGAGACAUGUCGCACCUUCCCAACACGAACACCCUGAGCGACUGGGCUGAUGCCGAAACUGACUUCAACUGGGAAUCGAAGGGUGCUGUCACAGAAAUCCAGGACGAGGGUAGCUGCGCUGCAAGUGCUGCUUACGCAACUGUUGCAGUCAUCGAAACUUUCCUUUGGAAAGCAACGAAGAAUCUUGUUAAAUUGUCUGAACAGCAGCUGAUCGAUUGUUCGACCGUGACAUGUUCGCGAGGGAACCACUGGGACGCCUUCACGAAGAUCGUCAACAUGAAGGGAAUCCAGUCGAAGGCCGUCUACAGCCCAAAGACCAAGGAUUGCGCCCUCAAGAAUGGCGCUGCCGCCAGGGUUGCUUACAUCGAGGUCAACAACCGAGAUGAAGAAAGCAUGAAGAACUGGGUCUACAACCAGGGACCGAUUGCUGUCGUCAUCAACGCCAAGGAUAUGCAAUUUUACGUCAGUGGAAUCUCUAACAUAGAUGCUAGUGAGUGUCCAUUGAGUCCGAAUCGUUUCGUCACGCUGGUCGGCUAUGGAAUGCAACGGUAUGGUGGAGCCGACUUCCCGUACUGGAUCGCGAAAAACAGCUUUGGAAAAGAUUGGGGUGAAAAAGGUUACUUCAGAUUCGCACGGAAUAUCAACUACUGUGGUGUGCGACACAGACCGCUCUCAGUUGCAUACGAUAACAGCUUCUCCUCAACUGAAGUUACUGGAGGUAACGGAACUAAUGUCGGUACAACAAAAAUACCGGUGACACCAAAACCAACAACAAAACUACCACCUACAAACCAAACAGUAGCAGUGCCAGUGACCACAACUAAGCCUCCAACUAAAGGGCCUACGAAACCAACAGUAGUAAUACCAGCGGGCACGACUAAGCCACCAACUAAAGGGCCUACGAAACCAGCGAGUACGACAAAGCCACCAACUACAGGACCUACAAAACCAGCCAGCACGACAAAGCCACCAACUAAAGGACCUACGAAACCAGCGAGCACUACUAAGCCACCAACUAAAGGGCCCACGAAACCAACAGUAGUGGUACCAGGGAGCACGACUAAGCCACCAACUAAACUGCCUGCAAAACCAGCGGGCACGACGAAGCCACCAACUACAGGGCCUACAAAACCAGCGGGCACGACAAAGCCACCAACUAAAGGGCCUACAAAACCAACAGUUGUAGUACCAGCGAGCACGACUAAGCAACCAACUAAAGGGCCUGCGAAACCAGCGGGCACGACGAAGCCACCAACUAAUGGACCUACAAAACCAGCGAGCACGACGAAACCGCCAACUAAAGGACCUACAAAACCAGCGGGCACGACGAAGCCACCAACUAAUGGACCUACAAAACCAGCGUCAACGACAAAGCCACCAACUAAAGGGCCUACGAAACCAGCGGGCACGACGAAGCCACCAACUAAUGGACCUACAAAACCAGCGAACACUACUAAGCCACCAACUAAAGGGCCCACGAAACCAACAGUAGUAGUACCAGGGAGCACGACUAAGCCGCCAACUAAAGGGCCUACGAAACCAGCGGGCACGACAAAGCCACCAACUAAUGGACCUACAAAACCAGCGGGCACGACAAAGCCACCAACUAAAGGGCCUACGAAACCAGCGAGCACGACGAAGCCACCAACUAAUGGACCUACAAAACCAGCGUCAACGACAAAGCCACCAACUAAAGGGCCUACGAAACCAGCGGGCACGACGAAGCCACCAACUAAUGGACCUACAAAACCAGCGAGCACGACAAAGCCACCAACUAAAGGACCUACGAAACCAGCAGUAGUAGUAGCAGCGAGCACGACUAAGCAACCAACUAAAGGGCCCACGAAACCAGCGGGCACGACGAAGCCACCAACUAAUGGACCUACAAAACCAGCGAGCACGACCAAGCCACCAACUAAAGGACCUACGAAACCAGCAGUAGUAGUAGCAGCGAGCACUACUAAGCAACCAACUAAAGGGCCUACGAAACCAGCGGGUACGACGAAGCCACCAACUAAUGGACCUACAAAACCAGCGAGCACGACCAAGCCACCAACUAAAGGACCUACGAAACCUGCAGCAGUAGUAGCAGCGAGCACGACUAAGCAACCAACUAAAGGGCCUACGAAACCAACAGUAACAGCGACCACGCCUAAGGUACCAACUAAGCCAACUCCAGUCCCAUUGGGAGGAUUUACUUGCCCGACACCACCUCAAGGCUUCUGCACACUCGUUUGUGCGUGGGGUCCUCAACUCAUUCCUGCGGGAGAAGCUGCCAAAUAUAAUCCGAAACCGGUUACUAUGGGCAAGCCUAAACCAGUUGGACAAGCGAAACCAUCGAGAGCAAUUACCGGCCAUGACUACGAUUAGUUUUAAUGUGUAUGCAAACUAUGGCAAACGGACUUGCAGAUUCAUCAUAGGGGAAAUGGAAACGAAGUGUGGAAAUGAACAACCUGAAAUUUGUCUUGAGAAUAUGAAUAAAUGACGUUUAUAUUUCGUUUUCGAAUAUA